UAUACGCUCCUUCCUUCCUUCUCUCUCUCUCUCUCUCUCUCUCUCUCUCUCAGAUCAUUCAUAGCCUCUAUUUGCACCUCUCUCGUGUAAUACAAUAACACAUGCGAUGUCCGAUCAGCAGAAUACAUACUCAGGUGCGAUGAUGAUGGAGUCGAAGCCUCCACACCCGCUUCACCAAAUAGCAGAGACCCCAACGCACAAGCUUCUGCUGAAGCAAUGGCUGAAAGAAGAGGAGCUAAUCCUGAACCGGAUCUGCCUCAAAGAGAUCCAAAUCGACACCAUCCGCAAAGAGAUCACCCAACUCUACUGUUUCUUCUUCCUCUUCCACUCAACGGCUCUGGUCCUGCUCUUCAGCAGCAGCGCCUCUCAUUCGGUGUCUUCUUGCCACAGAUCCUGGAUCCCCUCGCUCUGCUCCCUUCUCUCUUCUCUGGGGAUCAUUUGGGCCAUCCGCUACAAGACGGACGUGGAGGGCCACUUGGAGAAGCUGCUGGAGAGGGAGAGAGAGGACUCCAAGCUCUUGGGCAAAUGCGUGGAGGAGUUGAAGAAGAAAGGGGCCGAGUUCGAUUUGCUCAAGGAAGUCGAUGCGCUCCGAAGGGCGAAGAGCUUGGGGGUGGAGGCCAAGGCCGCCGCCGCCACCGUUCGCAAGUGGUCGGCCAGGGACUUUGUCACCCUCUUCUUCUUCACCGCCUCUUGCCUCGUCCUUGCUCUUGUAAGGGUAAUUCUCUGCAAGUAACAAACUGACUCGUUGGGGCUGGUUAGGGGUUUCUUCAACAUUCUCGUCCUUUUUUUGGUGUGGUGGUAUUUCUUUUCCUUUUUUUUGUCAAUGCCUGAUGAAAAUGAAAGAUUGUUUAGCGGAUAGUAAGUAAUUUCUUAUUAACUGGGGGGAAGAAAGCCAAGAUUCGCAGAACACUCUGUUCUGCUAUAGCUCUUUGUAAUUCGGGGAAAGCAGCAAGUUUUACUACAGAGAGAAAGAUGGAUUAAUAACAAAUUUGUCAU